UGCGCGCCUCUUGACUGACCCAGCAGGAAGGCGGAUUUUCUUGGUGUUUAAAGCGAAGAAAAAUGUCCCCGUGUCUGUAGAGAUGAUUUGCAGUUCAGCCCGGCUGAAGCUGAGCGAAUGAGACUAUGGGCUGUGCCUCCGCCAAGCAUGUUGCCACUGUUCAAAAUGAAGAGGAAGCCCAGAAAGGGAAAAACUACCAGAACGGAGAUGUGUUUGGCGACGAGUAUAGGAUCAAACCGGUGGAAGAGGUCAAAUACAUGAAAAAUGGGGCAGAAGAGGAGCAGAAAAUAGCAGCCAGGAACCAAGAAAACUUGUGUGGUGUCAGGCUGCCCAAGGGGGCCCCAUCCCAUCACGGUCCCACAGCCACAGAAAAAAGUGCCAGUUCAAAUGCAAGACUUAAAACUAACAAAGAGAUUCCGGGAUUAGUUCAUCAACCCCGAGCAAACAUGCACAUCUCUGAGAGCCAACAAGAAUUCUUCAGAAUGCUGGACGAAAAAAUCGAAAAGGGUCGAGAUUACUGUUCGGAGGAAGAGGACAUCACAUAGCACCCACCUGGCCCUCGGACGGGGCGCUACUACUGUGUAAAUAGGUGACACCCCAGUCGAAAUCUCUGCAAAGGUCGGUCCUCUUCGCCGGGAACACAGCGCUGUCGCAAAAGAAGAUUCGGUUCCAUAUCCGUACGCCCCACUCAAUUACAGUGUUUCCUAACGAACUCGCACAGGGAUAUUGCUAAAAACAAACACAACACAAC